CCAAAAUGGUUUUAAAGAAGAAGAAAGAAAUUCACGUUGAUAGCUUUGUUCUUGAAUAUCAACAGCUUGAAAGACUUCGCUCUUUUGCAGAUGUUGAAGGACAAAACCUGGCUUCUCUAUUAUUGCGGUGUGCACAGUUGACAGAUGGCAUUCAGCAGAUUAAUUUGAUCAAACAGAUUGUGCCUUUACUGGAGAAGAUGGACUCCAAGUCUUCAUGUAAUAACAUGGUUAAAAAUUGUUUAGAUAUAUUGGGGAUAGUGUUCUUAUCACUGGAUAUAAAGAACCCUUUGAAAAAAGUCCUAGCAAGUUGCCUGAAUGACCUUCCAGAACUGCUUAUAGCAGAAGCUACAGACAGUUUUGUUGCCUGCCUUAAACAAGAAUUAGCAAAUACAAACUUCUCCCACAUUAGAAAAACUAUAGAUAAUCUUGCUUCUUGUGUGGAACUUAUACACAUAGGUAAAUCAAGCGUGACUAUACUAUUCAAAGAAGCUCUUCAAUUUCUGUUGAAAUCUGUGCUUAAAAUAGAAGAAGAAAAUCGGAAAUUCAGUGGAAAUCACAUUGCUCAAACUCGGCUGAUGCAUGAUUUGCUUAUGGGAAUUAAAGUUUCCAUGACAUUGAUCCAAAAAGUUCUGGAAAAUAUACAGGGAUGUUUUUGGAAAAAAAUGGAUUCUCCCAUUUGGCAAUGUAUGUGUGGACUUCUGAACUGCUUUAUAUGCUGCUUAAAUAAUGAAGACCUUCUACAAACUGUCCAGACUUCAGCAGGAUUGGCUGUUGUUCUUUUUAUUAAGACAAUGUUUCAACCUGUUGAGAAGUUACCUUGUUUGAUCAGUGACUUGAUUUGUGGCUUAUUAAAGUGUUCUGAUGUGCCAACGUGGUUUGUGGACAGCUGCGGAGGUCUCUGUACUGCUGAACUUUCUGACUCUGUCCUCCUUUGUCUUUGCCAUGGAGCACUUGCUAUGUUAGAUUGGAAAGAUCACGGCAUGGGAGAGAAUGCAGAGAAACUACUCUUGGAUAUAGCCUCUGUUUUGUUGACCUUAAGCACACGGUUAAAAGAGUCUGUAAUGGCAGCAUCUCUGUCCAGAAUUCUAGCUAUUUGGACCAAUGUAGCAGUGGAUUGUCUUCAAUCAAGUUCUAGAAAUCUGAAAUUCAAUCUCAAUGGAAACUCGGAAACCAUUAGUAAAAUGUUGGAUUAUGUGUAUGCACAUUGGGAACAUCCACUAGAUGCAGUUAGGCACCAGACCAAGCUAAUAUUUAAAAAUCUUCUUCAAAUACAUCAGACUGCUGUGAAAGAAUCCAUAAUAAAACCAGACCCUUUCUUCUCAGAAUUAACUGAAAGCCUGCUAGGUUUAGAAUGGCAUGUUAAAGGCAAAUACUCAUCACUUGGAUAUCUUGUGGAGUGUAUUGGCAUUGACAAUCUUUUGGAAAUUGACAGAACAAUUCCUGUACAAAUCUUGGAUGUAAUGAAUGAUCAGUCUUUUGCACCUUAUGCAAGUGAUUUAUUGGAAAUCAUGUUCGUGAAUCACAAGAGGCAUCUUAUAUCUUUGGAAAGAAGCACUUGGAUUGAUAGUUGGCAUGAGACAUGGGUUUCUCCUCUGCUUUUGAUUUUAUGUGAUGGAAAUCCAGAACAAGCCACCUAUGUAACAGAUUAUUACUUACCAAAAUUGUUAAAAUGUAGCCCAGAAAGUUUGAACUACAUGAUUAAAAUCCUUCAGAUUUCAACAGAGUCUAAUGUUGGAUCUUUCAAAACCAGAGGAGCUCUCGGAGCCCUGAUGGCAUGCUUGAGAACGGCCAGGGCUCAUGGGCACUUGCAGUUUGUAGUUAUAAUACAAGAUGGUCUUGUGCCUGUGAGCUGUAUAAAACAAGGUUUGGUUCACCAGCAUGAUGAGGUCCGAAUAGAUGCUUUGGGUUUACUGUGUGAAAGUCACCGCAGCACAGAAAUAAUUUCCAUAGAAGAAAUGCAACUGAUACAGUUUUUUAUUAGAUAUAACUUGAACAACCAAUCAGCAGCAGUGAGGCAACAGAUUUGUUCCUUACUGAAAAAGCUGUUCUGCCGGAUAUAUGAAAGCUCCCAGACUAUUCAUAAAAUGCAGCAAUUGAAGUCUAAACAAAGUCUAAUUAAUCAGUCACUUACAUGGGAUCCAUUAACAACUUUGCAACAAUAUAAGGAUUUCAUCUCUUCCAUCUGCAGUAUACUUUUUGAAUCCUUGUUUCCUGGCUCAUCCCAUCCAAGCAGAUUUACUGCACUGACUCUUUUGGGAACAAUAGCUGACAUAUUUCCUAACUCAGAAGGCCAAAGCCAAGAGUUAUUUCAAAUAGCCCAAGAAGUUGAUUGUUCUCGUGCCGAAAGUUUGUUGCACUGUUUUGCCAGCACUUUUGAGGAAGUAAAGACUUUGGCAUUUGAUCUUCUAAUGAAGCUUCAUCCUUUUUUGCCUUAUUUUCAGGAUCCUGAAAAACUGCAACCAUUGUUUCAGGUAGCUAUGCAGCUCAGCCGAAGUUCCAAGCCGUAUGACUGCGUGACUGCUUCCUAUUUAUUGAACUUCUUAAUCCAUCAGAAAGGAUUGUUGAAUAUUUGUUCAGAAAGUUAUCAACUUCUGGGCAUGUUUCAGCCAAAUGAAGAUCUACCUGCUGACUCAUUAGAGAAGAAUACUUUAUCUGUUAUAAAGUCCUUGUUGGAAAACCUUGAAAGAGAAAUAUUGCAGGCUGAGAAGUCUUUACUUCACGCAGCUGCUUCAUUCCCAAUGUAUGGCCGAGUACACUGUAUAACUGGGGCUUUGUGUCAAUUAAAUCAUAUGACGCUGACCAGUGAAUGGAAAGAAGUAGUGAGAAAGCUUAUUCUGAUGUCCUAUAAACUUUCUGCUGUAGUAUCCCCAAUAGUUCAGAGUUCAUCCCCAGAAGGCCUUAUUCCAAUGGAUACUGACUUGGAAACAUCAGAGAGAUUGCAGUCUAUUCUACUUGAGAUACAGCCAUGUGAUACAAAUGAUUACUUCACAGAAACAAAAUUGUUAAAAGAAAUUUACAGACCAGACUGCGGUGAUGGGAGAGCUCCAAAUAUUUCUUCUGAAAUUAAAGGUAAAGAACAACAUACAAGUGAUGUCACAGCUCAAAUGGUGUUGGUGUGUUGCUGGCGAAGCAUGAAGGAAGUUUCAUUGCUUUUAGGGAAAUUAUGUCAACUUCUGCCUGUACAGAUGCUUCCUAGUUGUUCAAAUGCACUGAUAACAGUGGACCAGGUAAAAGAUAUUGGGGAAUAUUUCAAGAAUCAUCUCCUAAAGUCACGACAUAGAGGAGCAUUUGAGCUAGCUUAUGCUGGCUUUGUAAAACUUACUGAAGUAUUCUCAAGGUGUAAUAAUGAAGAUCUACAUAAAUUGCCACAGCAAUGGUUAUACAAUGUCCUGGAAGAAAUUAAAUGUAGUGAUCCUUCAUCUAAACUGUGUGUUACUAGACGCAGUGCUGGAAUUCCUUUCUAUAUACAGGCCUUGCUAGCUUCAGAACCAAAGAAAGGUAAAGCAAGUCUACUAAAAAUGACCAUGAAAAGUUUGAUAAACUUAGCUUUACCUUCAGAUAUGCCUUCCAAUAUAAUUUCUCAGGUUCAUGCAUUAAAUAUCUUAAGAGCUUUAUUCAAGGACACCCGUUUAGGUGAAAAUAUAAUUCCUUACGUGGCAGAUGGAAUGCAAGCAGCAAUAUUAGGUUUUACUUCUUCUGUCUGGGCAGUGAGAAAUUCAUCUACACUUCUCUUUAGCACCCUCAUUACAAGAAUAUUUGGAGUGAAGAGAGGAAAGGAUGAGAGCUCAAAGAAAAACAGAAUGACAGGAAGGGAGUUCUUUACUCGAUUUCCAACUCUUUAUCCAUUUUUGCUCAGUCAGUUGGAACAAAUAACCAGUACAGCAGACAGUAAAACUAAAGAGUUGAAGCUUCAUCCAGGCUUAUUUCUCUUGCUCUUGGUCUUGAGUAAGCUGUAUCCAUCACCAAUGGAUGGCACAUAUUCUGCUCUCAGCAUGGCUUCCUUUGUUCCUCUUAUUUUGAGGUCCUUCAUUUGCUACAGUCUUAUUUGGAAUCUAAACAGAGGGCUAAUUCAGAUUUUCAUCACAGUUUGAGCAACAUUAUCACUAAUGUAUGUGGCAAGCUAUGGUUGGCAAAUAGGCAAAAUCCUUGUCUAGUGACCAGAGCAGCGUAUCUUGAUGUCCUUGUUCUGUUGAAUAAUUAUGUGGGGAAGGCAAAAAUUAAAGAAACAGAUAUGAACACAUUUUGGGGAGAAAUUAGCACUAUUAUCUUGGAGUCUGAACUAGCAACGGGUAUCAAGCAUUCCCCUACAGUCCCAGGACUUGCUCAGUUUCUCCAGAGCAUCACCAGACUCUUCACCUCUAUGUGUUCAGUGAUGGCAGAACCUAGAUUUGCAAACAGGAAUUUACUUAUUAAAAAUAAUACAAUGAAACCAGGUUUAACAGUUGAAUACCUGCUACAUUCAGACUUUUGUGAAGUACGUUUAUUAGUCUUAGAAACAAUCCUGCUAUGGUUGCAUCAAGUGAAUGCAAGACAUGUGAUGGAAGAAAAAGGAAACGGUCUGUUGAAUCUACUGUCUGGCUUGGAGGACACACUUAUUAAGAUAGCUGUUAAGGAAAAGCAUCCUGAAUGUUUUUGCAAGAUAUUAGAGGCUCUGUAUAAAAUGGACCUCAGAAAUGUGCUUGCAAAGAUGGAAGAUGCUAUAAAGAUGAAUCCAAGAGAGUUCUUGCAUUGGAUUAUGAAUAUUGCAAAUACGUCUGGCAGCAUUGAAGUUCAAAGCAUAUCCCUUAAAUUUGCCUCAGAGUUACUUGUACAUCUUAUACAAAAUGGGCAAGAGGACUUUGAGUCAGAGACAAAACAAUGGCUUGAAUUAGUUAGUUGUUGCUGUGAAGAUGAACAACAAACAGAUCGGAGAUUGGCUGCUGCAGAGAUUCUUGUGAGCAUUACACCAUUUUUCCUGACUGAUCAGAAGCUUCCCUUGGGUCUUUCUGACACUUUGUUCCUUUGGAGAUGUGUUGUUCAGCUGUUGCAGAGCGAAGAACAGAUAGUCAGGGAUACAGCUGUUGGAGUUAUAAGACUAGCUCUGUCUCAAGAAAAUACACUUAAGAAAACAGGAGAACUUGAUUUCCAUGUAGUAAAUGCCGCCUUAGCUUUGGAUUUAGCAUUCUCCUUACUUUGUGAACUGCUACAGCUAUGGGGACAGACGGGUGCUGGAAUCUCAGUCUUAUUGGAGUGGCUGCUAAAAGAUGAUGAUUUGAAAGAUCUAAAAUCUACAAUUGUGAUGGGAAAUGACUACCUGUUUGACAAAGGACAAACAAAUUUUUGGGCUGAGAAGUUAACGGAGGUACGUCAGCUCAGUAAACAUCUCCUUCUGCUUAUACCAGUGACUCAUGUUAGUUCAUGUGAGCAAAGAAAGCUCUAUCAGUUGGCAAGAUUAGCAUCAGAUCAGGCCCAACUUGUGACACAGCUUCUUAAAGAAAUGCCUCCGAAUCCAGAAUUUUCUCAGUCUGUAGAAUUUACAAAGUUGGCUAUUCAGAAUGAAAGAAUAUCACUUUGCCUUAAGAUACUAAGUUUGCUUGAAGUUGGAAAUAGUAUUUGCAAAAGUUAGGAAAAACCUGAAACAUAGUUUAUUCAUUGUCAGUUACCAAAUGUAAAUUGAUUUGUGAACCCGAGAAUGGGUGAAGUUCUUUUUGUGUCAUACAAAUACAAAGAACUUUUAUAUAGAAAUGUUAGAUAUUUCUUGUACAUAAAUCCACUGAAGUUUUCAUUCAAUUUAUCAGAAAGGGACCAUCUUGUGAAAAUAUGUAACUUUUAUUUGUGGCAAGAAAAUUUUUAUAGCUACUGCAAGGAAUGAAAUGAUUUAACUUUGCACAGAUGCUGGCCACCUGUGAAACUGAUUUUAUUCUGUAAGUUGUUCUUCCUGUUUUUAUGUGUAGAAAUAUGUCAGAUUGCAUUGCUUCUUUUAAUUGUAUACCACAGUCUAUGCACUAACAAUUGCAUCACAUUUGUAAAAGAAUCCUAAAAUAAAGCUGAAUGUUA